AUAUUUGACAUUUAUAAAUUAAGUUGCAUUUGAGGUUGUGUUGUGUAACUCUUAUUUCAUAGAGUUCACCAGCUAUCACAAUGAGUAAACUACUAAAUUACAAAUACUACGAUACGCCCGAGGGCCACGAUAUUUACAAGAAGACCUUCGUAACAUCUAAAUAUGCGUUCCUUACGGGUCUUGCAGCCGGUUCUGCGGAUGUCCUUAUGUACUCGAGACCCAAAGGUUUUGUGAACACUGCAGGUCGAAUGUUUUACAUUAUAGGCCCGCUGGUGGGCAUGGCGACUGCUUUCACUGUAACCACAAACGUGGCACAAAACUACCGAGGGAAAAAUGACAAGUUAAAUUACUUUAUGGGUGGUGCUGCCGCGGGCUGCGUUUUCAGCGCCUGGAUGAAGACUGGUGCGGUAGCGUUGCCCGCUGCCCUUGUGUUGGGCACCGCGGCUGUCGUGAAGAAGAUGGCUAUUGACAGUGGCACAGAGUUCUUCCCUACAGUGGCCCAUGCUACUAAAACUAUCAAGUCGGUCAAACAUGAUUGGACAAUCACUGAAAACUUUGAUGAGCUGAAGAACUAUACUACAGGUCCCAACUGAAGGUGAUUUUAGUUUCCAAUGAAUGUAGAAUGUAAAUAAAAUCAAACCAUAAUUUAAUUUUGUUUAAGUGUUGAAAUAAAAACCAUGGUUAACUUGUUGUCUUUUAAAGUAGAGA